AUGCCCAGUUGGUGCUCUGCCCGCAAGCCUCUCGCACCCAAGCUGAGUGGCGUAGCUGUCGCAUCUGAUCCAACCGCAGUCAACCUGUUCACCGGGGAGGACUGCCAGGGCCCCAUCCUCAACACCAGUGUGUUUGCCAUGACAAGUGGUUACAACCGUGGUGUCUACGGCGGUUCCAUCUCUGGUUUGUGGUCAACCAUGGACGCAUCUUUUGUCAUGGAUUACUCCAUUGGUGUCCACAGCGCUGCCAUGGCAGACAAACUCACUAUUGCUUUUGCCGAUGCAGCAGCUGCUGCUGAAAAGUCCGCCUAUGCCGGCCCGCACAUUACCGAUAUCAGCCUCGUCAAGGGCUGCAAUUACUCCUGUCUGCGCCAGAAGACCGUCAUUGAGGACUCCCAUCCAAUUCCUUCCCGUCCUACCAUGGUUGUGUGGAAUGAUCUUGCCCGUCUCGCCCGGUACAAGUUGGCUGACGCAGUGUUCUGUCACGUCUACUACGAUGGAGGUGGUAGCGAGCACAUGGCCGCCAUCGCCGGUCUGGGUUGCGUUGCACACGACUGGAUCGAUCUCGGAGCCGAUGUAGCAUGCGGUGAAGUCAGCAACAUUAUCCCGUCGCUGACACGAGGAUCCCUGGAGGAAGCCCCCUUGGCCGAGGUUUACGCUCGCAUAAUAGGCGCUAUGAUCUGGUACCGGGAGAACGACCCCUACAACCCAGCAGCCAAUUGCCUUCUCUUCACCCACUGGUGGCAGCUCUCCAACUGCCGCCACCGCCCUGUCACUCUCCUCGGUCGCACUGAUCUCCCUGUCGAUGCAGGCAUCGUCCCGAUCGUCCCUGACGAGCGACCUCCCUUGGAGCACUUCCGAGCAAAUGGCACCAAGGUCGAGCGCGGUGAGCGUGCCCUUGCCAGCGCUGAAGCCCGUCUUGAGGCCCUCAUCGCCUCUGACCCCUUGCCGGAGACUCGUGCUGUCAUUGACCUUCUCGUCAAGCCUGUUCUCGCCUACGUCAGGGGAGGUGAUACGUUACCCUCCGAGAAUGAAUAUGUCGGAGCUACCCUCGCUGCCCAGGUAGCUUACCCCCAGGAUCAGAAGAUCCUCGAGAUGUGGGAUCUGGCUAUCGUUAUGUGGGAGUGUGGUGCGCUGUGGGCUUCGGGAGUGGCUGGUCUCUGCUAUACUCAUGCUGGACUGUCCAACUGCGAUAGGGCUCGCAAGGACUUGUCAGACAGUACUUGGAGUUAA